UAACCUGACUAGAAAUCUAAAAUGGGAAAAAUAAAAAACAAUAAGAAGAAAUCAAGGAGAGUUUCUCACUCCUCAAAGCAUAAACAUCUGUCCAGUGUUUGUUUGCCAAAAAGAUCACUCUUCAAAACCCACUACCACUUCCAGUUCCUCUCCGCUAGCUCCUCCGUUUUCAGCAAAUCCCCACCAUCUCUUCUUCCCAUUACUAUCAUUUUUAAAGCUUUGUUUUUAUAUAUAAACUCUUCGCGCACCUUGGCAUUUAAUCACUGCUUCCUUUUCUUUUCUUAAUCCUAGAGGAAGAAGAAACGAUUGUAAUAUGGAUGGAGUGUACGGUAUGCACUCGACGGCUGACUAUUCUGACGGGGCGUUGCUAUCGCCGGAGAAUCUGAUUUUGCCUUCGGAUUACCAGACCUUCCUUUCUUCCGAAACUUUCCAAAAUUGGAUUCCGAUUUUCGUAUCGGAUGACCUACGCUCGGCUGCCUCGGUGAUUUCGGAGUCUGAUUCAAUCGCACCGGAAAUUCCACGAGAAGAAUAUUUUUCUACUUUGAUCAAAGCCAAAAUCGCUUCUCAUCCUUCUUAUCCUCGCUUGCUUCAAGCCUAUAUAGAUUGCCAGAAGGUAGGUGCGCCUCCGGAAAUAGCGUGUUUAUUAGAUGAAAUCCGGCGAGAAAAUGAUCUUUGCAAGCGAGAUGCUAUCUCUACAUGCUUGGGAGCUGAUCCCGAGCUCGACGAGUUCAUGGAAACCUAUUGCGCUGUGUUGGUGAAGUACAAAUCUGAUCUCGAAAGGCCUUUUGAUGAAGCUACCACUUUCUUGAACAAGAUUGAAAUGCAGCUUCGCAAUCUCAGCACGAAUGCCUCCAUUAGAAAUUUCUCUGAUGAAGGUGCACAAUCAUCAGGAGAGGAGUUGAGUGGAGGAGAAUUAGAGGUACAUGAAGAUCAACCAAGCAAUGAAGACAGAGAUCUUAAGGAUAAACUUCUGCGCAGGUUUGGAAGUCACAUUAGUACGUUGAAGCUGGAGUUUUCCAAGAAGAAAAAGAAAGGAAAACUACCCAAGGAAGCAAGACAAACCCUUCUUGAAUGGUGGAAUGUUCACUAUAAAUGGCCUUAUCCAACUGAAGGUGAUAAGAGGGCGCUGGCGGACUCAACUGGACUAGAUCAGAAGCAAAUUAAUAAUUGGUUUAUAAAUCAAAGGAAACGACACUGGAAACCCUCAGAGAACAUGCAAUUCUCUGUCAUGGAUAAUCUUUCUGGACCUUUCUUUACUGAAGAUUGAGUUUCACAUGCAUUCUCAAACCUAAUAAUUUGUGUUAGCCUCCAGUAUAUUCUGCAAUGCAAACUUCAGUGGCAUUGAAAUGCUUAUGUCCCUUGGAAAAAAGAAUGGGGUAAAAAUUAAUUAUAUUUUGGCCAUGUACAUUCUCAUUUACGGACGUUGAUACUGAAAUGCUUACAUAGUUUGUAUGAAUAAUAUCUACCCAGGCUUGAUGGUCUGAAUUAUUCCUCUUCUGUAUAUGUUCAUGUAGUUUUCAAGGGAAAUUUGGUGCAUUUGAUUAA